CUGUCCUCGGAUUGCCCAUACAGGAACGUAUUAAAUUCUGAAAUUAACUGCGAGCCUUUUCGUUAAAGAGUAGUGCCAUUUCUAAUUGUGAAUAAUGUACGCCAAUUAAUUGAAAAUCGAAAGACGCGUGUAGUUAGUCGUCGAGUUGUAUUAUGUGCUUGUACAUAUGUAUGUGUGUAUAUAGUUUUGCAUUUAUAGUCGAGGGCGCGGUGUGCAGUGCGAUGCGUCGUGGUCCAAUGUAGGGGCAUAUUAAUAUUGGCGAAAAUAUUUUUGGAUGCGUUGAAUUGUUUUUUGUCGUGCAGUUUAAUGAGAAGAGCACUACAGGAAAAGCAGCAACGAUGACCGAACGUUUGCGCAUCACAUUGCACAAUCCGGAUCAUAUUUACUUCGCCGGUGACAUUAUACGGGGCGAGAUUUGGUUAAACGUUAUUAAACGUACCAAAAUACGCGCUGUUAAAAUACAAGUCACUGGUAAAGGCAAAUGCAAAUGGUUGGAAAUAUUACGCAAAAACUCUAACAACAAUGAGUACUCGCGCAGCCUGUUUUAUACCAGCAAGGAGAUCUACGAGCACAGUGAAACGACGCUGCCGCAGUUUGAGCCUCGAGGCAUCGAGCUUAGCUCAGGAGAGCACACAUUCGAAUUUUCGGUUGCGCUAGGUCGGACGUUGCCGUCCAGUUUCAAGGGAAGUCAUGGCAGCAUUAAGUACAAGAUGCGCGUACUAAUACAGCGUCCUUGGACCUUCGAUGAGCGACAUACGAUACCAUUUACUGUCGUGAAGAAUAUGCCUCUUCCCGCAUCCUAUCGAACGAAUCCCAGUCCGCUUGAAAAACAAAUAACCAAGACCAUCAGUUUGUUUGGCACUCGUCCUAUAACGAUGGUGGCUUUGCUACCGGAGGACUUUGCAGUGCGUGGUGAGCCUUUGCGCAUUUGUGUGACCAUCAUGAACAAUAGUACUACAAAUGUGGAGAAGCUCCGUUUUAUUGUGCUUCAGUACGUAACCUACUACAGUCAUGUGCCGUUGCGUGUGCAGAAAGUUGAGUGUAUAGCUUUAACCAGUAAGGAGACGGGUUCAGUGCACAAAAAGAGCGAACGCUCCUUUGCCCACGAGCUACUAAUGCCAGAAGCAGCGCAGCCAAGUGAUGAGGAAAUGAGUGGCGUCAUUACAAUUUCUUACGAACUGCGUGUUGAAGCAGUACUUCGUGGUUUCUUCAAGAAUUUGGUGCUAAAUUUGCCUUUUAAGGUAUACUCACAGGAUGUGUCAGCGCGGCAGAGAUCAGAGAGACCGCUGCCACCAUCUCGUUCAGACAGUGGACCUCCGGAGUGUAGCGCUGGUAAUCCUUUCGAGUUGACCGGCCCUGUAGCAGGCGCAAGUGUACCUACCUAUCCACCGUUGGACUCGUCUAUCGGGUCGCCGUCUCACUCUUCGCAAUAUAGUGACUGCAGCUCCCUGAACUUCACGUCUGACUCUUCGACCGCCACGCUUAGUGCUGCCGGGGGCGGGAUGGAGUUGUCUUACACCUCGGGCUCUCAGUCAUCACAAUAUGGCAGUCCAUCAGCACGGGCCAGUCUGCGUAGUUCUAAUGUGCCCUACAUGCCGUAUUCUUCUAGCCCACUAAUGAUUCAAUCCUAUCCACCGCCCCACGUACCACCGUAUCCGUUGCCCGAAUCCCCGCAGUAUACAUUGCUGGCAUUAACUCCUCCAUCGCCAGCUGUGCUGCCACAGUCUAGUGGCUACAAUCAGUUGCCGUCGACAUCUUCGGGUUCAUCUUUCUUACAUCCACGUCAGCCUCCUGGUGCUAAUGAACUGCCGCCAUCGUAUGAGGAGCUUUUUGGCAAUGCCAAUUUGGCAAAUGGGGCAGAAAAGUGAGCAAAGUUGCAAAGUUGCAGCCGCAAAUACACCCAGGCCGAUGUUACGUCCACUAGUACUUCUACAGUUUUUAAAAUAUUUGUUUUCUGGAAGUAUUAUAUGUCGGAUCAUUUUAGUGAAAUUCGUU